CUGUGUCUUCGUUGAGAGGAGCGAGGAGGAGUCGCUUUGUGUCUUCGUUGAGAGGAGCGAGGAGGAGUCGCUUUGUGUCUUCGUUGAGAGGAGCGAGGAGGAGUCGCUUUGUGUCUUCGUUGAGAGGAGCGAGGAGGAGUCGCUUUGUGUCUUCGUUGAGAGGAGCGAGGAGGAGUCGCUUUGUGUCUUCGUUGAGGAGAGCGAGGAGGAGUCGCUUUGUGUCUUCGUUGAGGGGAGCGAGGAGGAGUCGCUGUGCCAACCUGGACCAUCAUGGUGCCUAACAUUCACCCUGCAGUUCCCCUCCUGCCCAGAGGGGCGGUGCCAUCCCUCCUGCUGCUACUCAGUUGCCUGGUGCUCUCCUCUCAGGCUGACAGCUUACCAAGUUUCGUCAAGUCUCCUGAGGACCAGACGGGUAUAUCGGGUGGUGUAGCAUCCUUCGUGUGCCAGGCCACAGGAGAGCCCAAACCCAGGAUCACUUGGAUGAAGAAGGGCAAGAAAGUCAGCUCCCAGCGCUUUGAGGUGAUUGACUUUGAUGAUGGUUGUGGGUCUGUGCUGAGGAUCCAGCCGCUGAGGACACACAGAGACGAGGCCAUAUACGAGUGUACUGCCGCCAACAGUGGUGGCGAGAUCAACACUAGUGCCAAACUCACCGUGCUAGAAGAGAACCAGAUCCCGCAUGGGUUCCCCAACAUAGACAUGGGUCCCCAGCUGAAGGUGGUAGAGAAGACCAGGACGGCCACCAUGCUGUGUGCUGCCAGCGGCAACCCUGACCCAGAGAUCACCUGGUUUAAAGACUUCCUGCCUGUAGACAUCAACAGCAGCAACGGACGAAUCAAACAACUCCGCUCAGGAGCCCUACAGAUUGAGAACAGUGAGGAGUCCGACCAGGGGAAGUAUGAGUGUGUUGCCAUGAACAGUGCUGGAACACGCUACGCUGCCCCAGCCAACCUCUACGUGCGAGUACGUCGUGUCCCUCCGCGGUUCUCCAUCCCACCCACCAACCAUGAGGUGAUGCCUGGGGGCAGUGUGAACCUGACGUGCGUUGCUGUGGGAUCUCCCAUGCCCUAUGUCAAGUGGAUCAUGGGAGAAAUCGAACUCACCAAGGAGGAUGAGAUGCCCAUCGGUCGGAAUGUUCUGGAGGUGACCAACGUCAAGGAGUCAGCCAACUACAGCUGCGUGGCCAUAUCAUCACUGGGCAUGAUCGAGGCUACCGCUCAGGUCUCGGUCAAAGCCCUCCCCAAGCCCCCCACCUCUCUCAUAGUGACUGAGACCACAGCCACCAGUGUGACCCUGAUCUGGGACUCUGGGAACCCUGAACCUGUGUCCUUCUUCAUGAUCCAGUACCGAGCUAAAGCCACCGACGCAGGCUUCCAGGAGGUGGACGGAGUAGCUACCACUCGUUACAGCAUCGGCGGGCUCAGCCCCUACUCGGAAUACGAGUUCCGUGUGAUGGCGGUGAACAACAUUGGGCGCGGGCCGCCCUCUGACCCGGUAGAGACCCGUACGGGGGAACGGGCUCCCUCUUCACCCCCUCUGGCUGUCCAGGUCCGUAUGCUGUCUGCUUCCACCAUGCUGGUCCAAUGGGAACCGCCCGAGGAACCUAACGGACAGAUCAGAGGGUACCGUGUGUACUACAGUUCAGACAUGAACGACCCUCUGAGUGGCUGGCAGAAACACAACACUGACGACAGCAGGCUGACCACCAUCUCAGGUCUGACCACUGAUAUCACCUACAGCCUCAGGGUGCUGGGGUUCACCUCUGUAGGGGACGGACCCCCCUCGGACGUACUGCAGGUCAAGACUCAGCAGGGAGUUCCUGCCCAACCAUCCAGCUUCGAGGCAGAAGCAGAGUUGGAAACACGUAUCAUGUUGACCUGGCUGUGGCCUGUCCAGGACACCAUCACUAAGUACGAGCUGCAGUACUGGGAUGCUAACUCUGAUAACAAGAUCCACGUGACUUUUAAUCCUGCGGGGUCAUACGCCGUGGAGGGUCUGAAGCCCGACACCCUGUACCUUUUCUCCCUGGCAGCCCGCUCCGAGUUCGGCCUGGGAGUCUACACACAGCCCAUAGAGGCGCGCACCGCCCAGUCCACCCCCUCCGCCCCCCCUCAGGAGGUGCACCUGUCCAGUCUAAGCUCCACCUCCCUCAAGGUGAGUUGGGUGGCCCCGCCCGCUGCGUCCCGCCACGGCGCCAUCGUGGCGUACACCGUCAGCUACCAGUCCACCGGCAGCGCCAGCGAGGACCCCGAGCGCCACGAUGUGUCAGGGAUCGGAGCAGACGCCUCUAGUUAUGUGCUGGAGGGCCUGGAGAAGUGGACAGAGUACCAGGUGUGGGUUAGAGCUCACACUGAUGUGGGCCCGGGCCCAGAGAGCGCUCCGGUCAGGAUCAAAACUAAAGAGGACGUGCCAGGUGCCCCUCCCAGGAAGCUGGAGGUAGAAGCUGUGAACUCUACAGCCAUCAGGGUAACGUGGAAGGCCCCUCUGCCAGGGAAGCAGCACGGCCAAAUCAGGGGCUACCAGGUCAUCUUCUCCAGGCUGGAGAACGGGGAGCCACGCGGUCAGCCCAACAUCAUGGACGUAGCCCUGCCUGAGGCUCAGUGGAAUAUUGAGGAGUCCACAGAGUAUGAGGCCACCAUCACUGGUCUGCACUCCGAGACCUCCUACUCUGUUACCGUGGCAGCCUACACAACCAAGGGAGACGGGGCGCGUAGCAAAGCUAAAGUCAUCACCACCACUGGAGCAGUCCCGGGUCGCCCAACCAUGAUGAUCAGCACCACUAUGGGCAACACCGCCCUGAUCCAGUGGCAGCCUCCUAAAGACAUGGUCGGAGAAUUGAUGGGCUAUCUGCUGCAGUACAGACUCCAAGAGGACACGGCGUACACCUCACGGAAAUUCAAACGGACGGACGACCACUACACCGCCACCGAACUGCACAAGGGCGCCACCUACGUGUUCCGGCUGAGUGCACAAAACCGCGCCGGUUUCGGAGACGCCUAUGUCAAGGAGAUCAGCACCCAGGAAGAUGUGCCCAGCGGGUACCCCUUAAACCUCCGUGUGACAGGGUUGACCACGUCGACCACCCAGCUGGCGUGGGAUCCCCCGGAGCUGUCUGAGAGGAACGGGAAGAUACUGCAGUAUGUUGUGGUGUACAGAGACAUCAACAGCCACACCAACAGCACCAACAGGACGUUGGGGACACACAUGAUCAUCCAGGGACUGAAACAUGACACCACCUAUGACAUCAGAGUCCAGGCGUUCACCAGCAGAGGAGGGGGACCCAUCAGUCCUAGUAUACAGAGCAGGACUACAUCUACCUCGCCUGAGGAUGCCACAUUUUCCAACAAGUCAUCCAUAGAUCCUGCCCAGCAGUUCACCUGGGAGAAUUCCAACAUGGAGGUGAACAAACCAAAGAACCGUUAUGCUAAUGUCAUCUCAUAUGACCACUCCAGAGUCGUCCUGACGUCUGUCGAUGCUGUUCCUGGUAGCGACUACAUCAACGCCAACUACAUAGACGGCUACAGGAAACAGAAUGCCUACAUCGCUACGCAGGGCCCGCUUCCCGAGACCCUCAGCGACUUCUGGAGGAUGGUGUGGGAGCAGAGGGCUCACACUAUCGUCAUGAUGACACGACUGGAGGAGAAGUCACGUGUGAAGUGUGACCAGUACUGGCCUGUCAGAGGGACAGAGACCUAUGGUAUGAUACAGGUCAGCAUGUUGGAUACUGUGGAGCUGGCUACCUACAGCGUACGCACCUUCGCCCUCUACAAGAAUGGUUCCAGUGAGAAGCGUGAGAUUCGUCAGUUCCAGUUCAUGGCCUGGCCGGACCAUGGGGUACCAGAGUACCCCACCCCCAUCCUGGCCUUCCUACGACGGGUCAAAGCCUGCAACCCCCCUGACGCUGGGCCCAUGGUGGUACACUGCAGUGCGGGCGUGGGUAGAACAGGCUGCCUGAUCGUGAUCGAGGCCAUGCUGGAGCGUAUGAAGCAUGAGAAGUCAGUGGAUGUCUACGGUCAUGUGACGUGUAUGAGAGCUCAGAGAAACUACAUGGUGCAGACCGAGGACCAAUAUGUCUUCAUCCACGAGGCCCUGCUAGAGGCAGCCACCUGUGGCCUCACUGAGGUCCCCGCACGCAACCUGUACGCACACAUCCAGAAACUCACCCAGCCGCCCACGGGGGAGACCGUCACCGCCAUGGAGCUGGAGUUCAAGAGACUGGCUAACUCCAAAGCCCACACCUCUAGGUUCAUCAGUGCCAACCUGCCCUGCAAUAAGUUCAAGAACCGGCUGGUGAACAUCAUGCCCUUCGAGUCGACACGCGUGUGUCUGCAGCCUAUCAGAGGAGUGGAAGGGUCUGACUACAUCAACGCCAGCUGCAUCGAUGGAUACAGACAACAGAAAGGGUAUCUGGCCACCCAGGGCCCUCUGGCUGAAACCACUGAAGACUUCUGGAGGAUGCUGUGGGAACACAACUCUACCAUUGUAGUGAUGCUCACCAAACUCAGAGAGAUGGGACGGGAGAAGUGUCAUCAGUACUGGCCAGCGGAGCGCUCAGCCAGGUACCAGUACUUUGUAGUGGACCCCAUGGCCGAGUACAACAUGCCCCAGUACAUCCUCCGAGAGUUCAAAGUCACCGACGCCAGGGAUGGCCAAUCCAGGACGAUCCGCCAAUUCCAGUUCACUGAUUGGCCAGAACAAGGAGUGCCAAAAACCGGGGAAGGAUUCAUCGAUUUCAUUGGCCAAGUGCAUAAAACCAAGGAGCAGUUUGGACAGGACGGACCAAUCACUGUUCACUGCAGUGCCGGGGUGGGCAGGACAGGGGUCUUCAUCACUCUGAGUAUCGUGUUGGAGAGGAUGAGGUACGAAGGGGUGGUUGACCUCUUCCAGACCGUCAAGACGUUACGCACCCAGAGACCUGCCAUGGUGCAGACAGAGGACCAGUAUCAGCUGUGCUACAGAGCAGCGUUGGAGUACCUGGGGAGUUUUGACCACUAUGCAACGUAACCACUCUGAGCUGAGCAGCCUCUGGCAUGGCCACUGAGUGUCCCAUCUCAGCCACCGUACUUGUAUCAACCCAUCUGACCUGACCCUGCCAUUGCUACCCUAUCACAGGGGAGGAGGGAGGUGCCACUGUCACCUAGCGACGGGUUCAACCAAUCCCAGAGGUCUACUACUUGGAUUUACAAAACAACAAAAAAAAACAAAAAAAAAACAAAAAAAACACCCUAAAGAUUUAAAAAACAAACAACAAACAAUACCAUGACGACGACAGCGUUUCAUACGGGAGCAAGCGACAGUUCUGACUGAGUUCUGAGGUUCUGUUCUCCUUUCUUAUUUUAUUAUCAUUAUUAUGAAAUACCAUUAUGAAUAAUGUUCUUAUUAUUAUUUACUUAAUCAUUUUUUUAUUUUAUUUUUUUAUAAUUGUUUUAAUACCAUCAGACAUAUAUUUUUGUCUUAAUGGCCUAACUGGGGCGCAGCAUUUUAGUUUUUCCAUCAUAAUCAGUAUGUUUAUUUUAGUAAAAAAAAUAUUAAAAAAAGAAAUGUUGUAUGUUAUUUUAGGGACCUGUAUUUUCUACUUCCUGACGUUAAUACAGGAGAGCCACUGUUUGUUCUCUGAAGCUGCUGACAGUUUUGAUUUUGUAUCAAGAUUUUAUUGUUUAUUAUUAUCUAUUUUUUUAGUCUUAUUCGUUUUAAAACGGAGUAAGAUUAACUAAGAUAAUAUGCCUUUUCACUUUGCUGUUUCUUUUUAAAACGUAGGGGGAAAAAAUGACAAAAUGAUUCAAAAGCAUUACAGCAACCGCCGCGAUACAAGUACUAUAUAAACCACACUAGUUAGCGAAAAAACGUGACAUCAACUAACGACAACUAAAUCAGCAUUGUACAGAAACUCAAAGAGCACAUGAUGAUUUCAACAACAGAGAGACAGAAGCCUUGAAGGCCCUGAGGCCUUCAAUAACCAGAGAACGAAUCUGGAGACGAACCGACGAACAGACUUUUGUACCCAACGAGGAGUUGAACUUGAGAAUCAACUCCUGAAUCUCUGUAUGAAUCAUAUUGUGCCCCUCUUAGCCCCUCCUCUUUCCUUGGUUCCCAGCGAGCUGAUUGGUCAGUCCGCUGCCUGGGGGUUGGAACAUAGGGACUGCUGGAGCAGCGCCCCGUGGUGGUGGAGAGAGGAGUAGCAGCCACUAAUCCUGGCCCCCCUGUACAGAAUACUACGAUUACUACCGGCGGGACAGAGACACAACAAACCCUCUGCACCCUCCAACCGACCUGCUAUUAUUUUAUACAGAAAUAGAAAUGAUAACUAUAUAUAUAAUUAUGAUUGAUUAUAUAUAUGUACAAUUAUACAUAGAUAUAUACUGCAGCUUCAAACUAUAUUGUUAAAAUGAUUCACUCUCUUUACGUACCGGCAUAGAGGAAAGUAAAGAGAGAGAGAGGUAAAGAGAGAUAGUGAGAGAUAGAAGGAGAGAGAGAAAGUUAGUGACUGUAUCUACUGGAUUACCAUAGCAACCUGACAGCCACACAGAGUUGGGAUCAGUUCCAUUUUUCAAUCCAGUCAUUUUUCAGGGAGUGAUUUCAAUUCACGAAUCGAAAAUUAAUUCAUUUAGUUGUAAUUUGAUUCAUUUAGCUGUAAUCGACUUCAUUGAACCUGGACUUGACCCUAACCCUUGCGGAAAGAUAGAGAGCAGGUUAUCGUUCUGUUAAAGAGAGUGAGAGAGAGAGGUGUAAAAUGUGUAGUUUUGUUAAAGAGCGAUGAAUAGCAUAACCCUAACUGAGGACCACUCCCCAGCCUCCGUCGGCCAACCGCCAUCACGCCACACAAGCACAUCUUUACCCACAAGGCCGCAGGGCACGACGCUCCCCAAGCCUAACAGGACUGAGUCUGACAUGCUGGCUGGAAUAAACCACAAUGUUCAUUUAUACCUUGUAAAUGCUUAGUGCUGUAGGGGUUUGAUCUGUUGUAUACGCAGUCUGUUUUCUAUUUGUUGAUAAAUAACUGGAAUUUAAAAAAAGAUGUUGCUGGGAAAAAAAUCUUGAAUAAAGUUGAAUAAUUGUUGUUUUUUGGGGGGGAAAAAAUUCC